CAAGUUCUGGUCUCGUACUUGUAUAUUGCACUUAAUUCAAUUUUGUCGUGCCUCAUAAUUGCAAACGAGUGGAGAGGUUUUGGUACAAGGAGAAAGACUCUACGUGUAUCUGCACCUGUUGGAAUUCAACGAUCCAGUUACUUCAUAUCGAUGCCGCUCCGUUAUAGCCUCCCCAUAAUGGCAAUAUUUGCCGCCGAGCAUUGGCUCCUGUCCCAGGCUACAUUUGUCAUCGGGAUCGUCAUACAGGACUGGAACCUAUACAACACGUAUCAUGCUCAUAUUACUACCUCUGGCUUUAGUAUUAUGCCAUGCAUCUUUGGGUUCCUUGUUGGCUCUCUCAUUCCCCUCUUACUUAUAGUCAUUGGAAUUGUGAAGAAAUUCCCGGCAAAAUCAGCAAUGCCUCUGGUUGUUAGCUGCAGCGCAGCAAUUAGUGCCAACUGUCAUCGACCGGACAAGGACAUAGAUGCGUGGCGGCUUCCCGUCAGAUGGGGCAUCAUUGACACGGAAGAAUAUGGAGCGAGAAUCUGUUCAUUCACCACUUUGCGAGACGUUAAACUGCCAGAAAAGAGUGACAUUAUCAGGGGAAGAGCGGAUCCGAAGAGAGAGAAACGGAGAAUACUGUCCGUGCUAAGGCGAUGGUGGCGGACAGUGGGACGUCUGCGUCGGAAAGGAAUCGAUAAUACUCAAAUUUUGCAUUCUAAGGAAGCAGGAAGGAAGACUGCUUAA